AUGAAAAAAAAAUUAUCGAGGAAGGAAAGGAAGAGGAGGAACAAGAACAAGAACAAGGUGUGUGGUGGGUUAUCGUAUUUGCCAGAGGAUGUGGUUGCGAAGUGCCUGGUUCAUUUAUCGAGAUUGGACCUCGCGGCCUUAGCUAUGACCUCCAAGGCACACCGGUCUCUCAACCUCCUCUCGUCUAUGGGGCUUGAGAUGGCGGACGAAGCGCAUCGAGCCAUCUUACUACAGUCAGGUUCCUCUUUUAUGGUAGUGGAUUGGGGUAUAUAUAUAAUCGGUGGACUCUUAAACGGCAAACCAACAUCGAAUGUCACCAUGUUCGAUUGUUUCGACCAUGGGUGGUACAAAAUCCCACCCAUGAAGAUGCCUCGUGCUUUCGCCUCAGCGAGCAUAAUCGACGGGAAGCUAUACGUGUUUGGAGGGUGCGGGGAUGACGUUGAUUCCUCAAACUGGGCAGAGGUAUACAAUUUCCGCACCUAUACUUGGGAUACCGUGUGUGUGCCUCCUACGGCUCGGCCGAAGAGUAUCAAAGAAAUCGUGGGGACAGGCAAGAAGGAGGUUUACGUGGUGGAUGAGGAUUGUCAAAUCUUCUCCUUCUCUCCAAGCAAACUUCCUCCUAUGUUUGUGUCAUGCGGAAAAACAGAUUCUAAGCCAGGAGACAGAGAGGACUGGUGUUUCUUUGGAGGAUUCAUAUUUGCCCGUGGUGCCGGCGGGACAAUACUGUGGUGUUUGCCAGACCAGUUGGAUUGGAAGGAAGUCAAAGGUUUGGAAGAACUGCAACAACAGUUGGUUGGAUACGAUAUCAGCAAACUCUCCACAAACCAUGCCCACAUUGUCAUCUUCUGGAACGCCCAGCCUCAAGGUUCUGAGAGUUUGGAGCUUUGGUCUGCGGAGAUUUCUCUAACGCAAACCGAGACAAGCCAGGGACUAGAGAUUCGGGGGAAGAUCGAGUGGUCCGGUUCUGUCUACAAACUCGACGACUACACUCUCACAGACUCAAAUAGAGUUAAGGUCUUGUUUGCUGCUAGUGUCUAUGCCUGA